AUGUCAAACAAUCUUGGCGUCUGGCACAAAACAACCUUCGAGGCCGCCAAGGAACGUCAACAAACUUAUCAAGCCGCUGUCACUGUUGCAGGGCACAAGCGCAGUCACGAUCAGACUAGUACAUCUGGCAAUUCAGGGUUCUCAGGACCACCUCCGCAGUCAAACCAGGGUCAGAACAAUGCCCGCCCUCGGCAGAUUCCGGUUCUGCCCCGGGAGCCGCCCCGGCUCACUGCGAGUAGAAUAACUACACUGGAACAUGGCGCCAAAGAUACAAUAUCUGAAUACUCACAGCGUCGCCAAUUUCAGGCCACGCCGACCUCUACAGCAGAUCCAUUGCUUUCGCUCUCUCAUCCAGUCUAUGCCCUACCAACUCAGUUGGUACAGAACUUUGCUUCCCUUGGCAUCCACUCGAUCUAUCCCUGGCAAAAACAAUGCUUGCUCGGGCCAGGUCUACUCCGUGGGGAGAAGAACUUGGUGUACACGGCGCCGACCGGUGGCGGCAAGUCACUCGUCGCCGAUGUUCUUAUGCUUAAACAAGUCGCUGCAGAACCGGGAGCAAAAGCUUUACUGGUGCUGCCAUAUGUUGCUCUCGUCCAGGAGAAAGUCGCUUGGCUUCGUCAGGUAGUUCAGGGUAUGGCUAGUCCAAGCUCAACUACAGAUGUCAAGAACAAUGGCAAGGAAAGCAUUUGGCGUAGACGUGCUGACGAGGAUACUAUCCGUGUUGUUGGCUUUUUCGGGGGAAUCAACAUCAAGCCGAGAUGGGCCGAUUUUGACAUUGGUGUGUGCACGUUGGAGAAAGCAAAUGCACUCGCCAACACAGCGAUUGACGAUUGCUCAAUCAACCAACUAAGGGUUGCAGUUUUAGAUGAACUGCACAUGAUUGAUGAUGACCACAGGGGCUAUCUAUUUGAGCUUCUAUCCACAAAGCUUCUUUGCCUCGAUCAUCCAAUUCAGAUUGUUGGAAUGAGUGCUACUUUGGCUAAUGCAAAACUGCUUUCCACUUGGCUGUGUGGACACCACUACGAAACCGCAUACCGUCCAGUCCCUAUAGAGGAACACUUGGUGUACGAUGGAAAAGUAUACUCUGCUGCGACCACGAGCAAUCUUCUCAGAACUGCCUGUCAACUUAACGGUACUGCCCCGAUAUCACAAAAGCCAAGCCAUCCCAUGCGUGAGGUUGCGAGUUCUUCCCACAAAGAGCUCUCAAGUCCGGUCCUCAAUGCAGUGGUGGCUCUAGCCAAUGAGACAGCCACAUUAGGGUAUGGAGUACUCAUUUUCUCUAGCAGUCGAGCUAUAUGCGAGUCAAACGCCAUUUUGAUCAGCCGAACAAUGCCAUCGAUCAAUGACAUUGAUCCCUAUAUCUUGGACAAGAGAAAAGACCUAUUAGCGGACCUGGCCAGUCUGAACUGCGGACUGGACCCUGUUCUGUCGCAGACUAUUCCCUACGGGGUUGCCUUUCAUCACUCUGACUUUAUCCAGGCCGGGUUGACCUCGGAAGAACGUGACCUAGUUGCAAAGGCAUAUGACAAUGGCAUCUUGAAGAUAUGUGUUGCUACUGCCAGUCUGGCAGCAGGCAUCAAUCUUCCUGCAAGAAGAGUCAUUCUCCACAGUGCACGCAUGGGAAGAGAUCUUGUCGGCCCCUCGAUGCUUCGGCAAAUGCGAGGAAGGGCCGGCCGGAAGGGUAAAGACGAAGUUGGCGAGACAUAUCUUUGCUGCCAGUCCUCCGAUUUGGAUAAUGUCCUAGGUCUGAUGCACGCAGAGCUACCCCAUGUGUCGAGUUCCUUGACUACGGAUCGGCAAAGGAUUCAAAGAGCUCUUCUCGAGGUGAUAGCAAUACGGUUGGCCACUAGCCGCUCUUCACUAGAUGACUAUAUGCGCAAAACCUUGCUUUACCACUCGGCGGAUGUAAAGGAGAUCGAGACGCAUGUUGAGACGAGUCUUGCAAACCUCGAAAAACUCAAGUUCAUCACCAUGGGAGACUUUCAGACAUAUGAAGCGACCCAGCUCGGCAAGGCCAUUGUUGCAGGGGCCUUGGACCCGGAAGAUGGCACUUUCAUUCACAAUGAGCUCAAAAAAGCACUCCAGGCGUUUGUCAUGGAUGGCGAUCUACACGUGCUGUAUACAUUCACACCGGUGCAUGACUUUGCUGCAAACAUCAACUGGCGUGUGUUCUGGAACGAAAUGGAAGGCCUUGACGAGAGUGGGCUUCGAGUACUGAAGCUUUUGGGACUAAAGCCUACAGUCAUCAACAGGAUGGUACAAGGCGGUCAGCUUAGACAAGUCACAGAUGAGGAGAAAGAGCUGGCCCGCGUGUAUCGUCGCUUCUACAUGGCUCUGCAACUGCGAGAUCUCUGUAACGAGAUGCCUGUGCAUGUUGUUGCGCGAAAAUACGAUGUGCCCAGGGGCACUGUGCAGAAUCUUGCGCAAAACUGCCAAGGCUUUGCGGCGGGAAUGAUCAAGUUUUGCGAGCAUAUGGGAUGGGGUGCCAUGGCUUCCGUGCUGGAUCAUUUCUCCGACCGCCUCAAGGCAGGGGCGAAAUCUGAUUUGCUAUCGCUUGCAAAAAUCAUGUUUAUCAAAAGUCGAACAGCCCGCGUAUUUUGGGACAAUGGCUUCAAGUCGGUUGCGUCAGUGGCCAAUGCCGACCCGGAACAACUUGUCCCGAUCCUCAUGCAGGCUCAGUCGAACAAGAUCCGCUUGAACACCCAGGAUGACAGACAGGUGAAGGAGAAGCUUCUCAUCAAGGCGCGGGCUAUAACGGAAUCGGCCAAUCGGCUGUGGCGUAAGUUUAUCAUCACUUUCGCUUCAUAUCAAGACUCUCGUACGGUUACUGACGCGGUACUUGAUGGCGCAGAACGGGAGAUGCAGGAAGAGCUUAUGGAGGAAGAGCAGUAG